AUGCUUGACCUGGACUCCUGGCUUCACACUACUCACGAUGUCUUGCUGCUGACUAUACUGCUGGGACUCCCAGGAGCAGCUUCACGGGAUCUGAAGGUGAUUCAGCCUGAGAAAGCAGUUUCUGUCCUUGCUGGAGAGUCAGCCACUCUGAACUGCACUGUGACUUCCCUGCUCCCAGUGGGGCCCAUGUUGUGGUUCAGGGGCACAGGACAGUGUCGGAAACUAAUAUAUAGUUUCACAGGAGAGAAGUUUCCCAGAGUCACAAAUGUUACAGAUGUUACAAAGAGAAACAACCUGGACUUUUCCAUCCGCAUCAGUGAUGUCACAACUGAUGAUGCUGGUACCUACUACUGUGUGAAGAUCAUCAGAACAGACUCUGACAAGGAGAUUCAGUCAGAGGGAGGCACAGUGCUGUAUGUGCUUGAACUGAAGACAUCAGAUACUGCUGAAAUCCUUGUGGCUGUGCUUCUUGUACCCAAAAUGCUACUGGUAAUUGGUGCCUCUGCGAUCUACAUGUACAAGAAGCAGAAGGCCUGACUAUCUUCUGCCACAUUGGAUCCUGAAUGUCUGACAUCACCUUUCUUGGAGAGACUGAGACUAGAAAAAACUGGUGAGAAGCUGUGAAAAUCUGCCACAAAUGUCUCCAUUAAAGGACACCUCCAACUCAGAAUUCCCUAAUGUUCCUCUGCACAAGUAUUGAUAGCUCAGAGCUAUGAUGCUUCCGUUAUUGGAUAAUAUUUUGGGGGUUCUCAAUCUCAUUAAUAAAAAAGUU